AUGAGUUCGACGCCGCCGAAGAGGGAGGGUGUGGAACCAGCCCAGUCGCCUGACGAAGAGCAUCCCAUGGAUAGGAACGCUGAGGAGACACAAACGCAAGGACUCGGGUACGAAUUCGAAGUCAAGGAACAAGACCGAUGGCUUCCAAUCGCCAAUGUUAGCGACAUGUCGUCCUCCUCUCCACAGUCCUCUACUUCCCCGCCACAGUCGUCGUUGUCCAAGAAUCCAAACAACAAUGCCUCGUCGGAUGCUAACAUACGUAACUUUGCUCCAGUCGCGCGCAUCAUGAAAAUGGCGUUGCCCGAAAACGCCAAAAUCGCAAAGGAAGCAAAGGAAUGCAUGCAGGAGUGCGUGAGCGAGUUCAUCUCGUUCAUCACCAGCGAGGCCUCCGAAAAGUGCCAGCAAGAGAAGCGCAAAACUGUCAACGGCGAGGACAUCCUCUUCGCCAUGACGUCUCUUGGCUUCGAGAACUACUCGGAAGCUCUGAAGAUCUACCUGUCGCGUUAUCGGGAGAACCUCCUCGCAAAUCAGAACAAACCACCUUCCGGGCAAUUCGGUGCAGCCGGGGCCAGCGGGCCCAACGCAGGUGCAGAGAACCAACAUGUACUGAGCGGCGAUUCCGAAAUGGCCGAAGACAGCGGCACUGCAUUCGGGUACACGGUCCACAACGGAAACGGUUCCGCCGACUAUUAA